AUGUCAUUGUUUUCUUUAUUUUUUUUUAUCAAACUGGAUUACGCUGAGAACUUUCAGCGCCCCUCGUACAUACAUCUGUCUCAUUCUGAUCAUUAUUCUGCCUAUUCUUUCUUUUUCCGAAGGGCGCUGAAAAACCUCAUAUCUAUCUAUCUAUCUAUCUAUCUAUCUAUCUAUCUAUCUAUCUAUCUAUCUAUCUCUGUAAACUUCUCGCCUUUUUUCUUUCUAACUUUCUUUCUAUCUCAUUCUGUUCAUUAUCUAUCUAUCUAUCUAUCUAUCUAUCUAUCUAUCUAUCUAUCUAUCUAUCUAUCUGAGUCUUCUUUCUUUCUUUCCUCUACCUAUCACAUUCUGUUACGACACUAUCUAUCUAUCUAUCUAUCUAUCUAUGCGAAUAUAAUAAAACUUUCUUCCUCUCUUUCUUUCUUUUCUCGGCUGUCUUCUCUCUUUCUUUCUCUCUUUCUUUCUUAUCUCGGCCGUCUUCUCUCUUUCUUUCUUCUCUCGACCGUCUUCUCUCUUUCUUUCUUCUCUCUUGCUUUCUUCUCUCUUGCUUUCUUCUCUCGACCGUCUUCUCUCUUUCUUUCUUUCUUUCUUUCUUUCUUUCUUUCUUCCUUCUCUCUUGCUUUCUUCCCUCGGCUGUCUUCUCUCUUUCUUUCUUCUCUCGGUCGUCUUCUCUCUUUCUUUCUUUCUUUCUUUCUUUCUUUCUUUCUUUCUUUCUUUCUUUCUUUCUUUCUUAUCUCGGCCGUCUUCUCUCUUUCUUUCUUCUCUCGGCCGUCUUCUCUCUUUCUUUCUUCUCUCUGCCGUCUUCCCUCUUUCUUUCUUCUCUCGACCGACUUCUCUCUUUCUUCUUUCUGA